CGAAAUCGCUUUGAAACAUCCGUAAGACUUAUUGUUAGAUAAGAUUGUAUAUAAAAUAAAAAGAAUACUAUACAAAUUACGUGAAUUAUAAUUUUAUAGUCACGUAUAUACAUACUUGCUAAAAAAUGUUGAAAUCGUCUAAAAUUUUUACACCAACGAAUCAAAUAAGAUUAACCAAUGUGGCCGUGGUUCGUAUGAAAAAAGCAGGAAAACGAUUUGAGAUCGCUUGUUAUAGAAACAAGGUUAUCUCUUGGAGAAAUAAACUAGAAAAAGACAUUGAUGAAGUUUUACAAACACAUACUGUAUUUAUAAAUGUUUCAAAAGGUCAAGUAGCAAAAAAAGAAGAUCUUAUAAAAGCUUUUGGUACAGAUAAUCAAACAGAAAUUUGUAAAGAAAUUCUCACAAAAGGAGAACUUCAAGUUUCUGACAAAGAAAGGCAUUCGGCUUUAGAUUCUAUGUUUAAAGAUAUUGCCACAACUGUUGCUAAUAAAUGUAUAAAUCCAGAAACUAAACGUCCAUAUACGAUAACUAUGAUAGAAAAAGCUAUGAAAGAUGUACAUUUUUCUGUAAAACCAAAUCGAAAUGCAAAACAGCAAGCUUUAGAUGUGAUUCCUCAAUUAAAAGCUGUAAUGCCACUUGAACGAGCUCAAAUGAGACUCAGAGUUUUGGUUUCGGGUAAAGAAGCAAAGAAAUUAAGAGAUAAAAUAGAAAAAUUAGUAACAAAACUAGAAACAGAAGAAUGGGACAAUGGAAUGUUAGAUUUAGUUUGUUUAAUUGAUCCUGGACAUUAUAGAGAGAUAAAUGAAUUAGUAAGAUCUGAAACUAAAGGUUCAGGAUUAUUGGAAUUACUUAAUUUAAAAGAAAUUGUUGAAGGAGAUGAAGUUUUGGAAUAAAUAAUUAAUUUUACUGAA